AUGGGUGUAAACCGUCGUCCUCCACCAGCAUAUACUGCUCCGCCAGAAUCUACAGUCCAUGCUUCUUCCGAAGUCUACAGAGCCAUCUCAAACACAGCCUCGGACGCCUCUCAGAGAACCCUAGAGACAUCUUUCACCAUUCGUCCAUGCUCUGGACAAGCAUGGGUUGUACCGGCUGGCCAUGUUUGUCGUCUGACUACCCCAAAGGGCCCUCAAGUGGGUGAUCUGAACAUAUGGAAUGCAAACAAUCCCAGAGAGCGACUUUGGGCAGCGCGCACCCGUCAAAUUCAUGCCUCCCACGUAUCUGUUGGAGACCGUCUUUGGUCCAAUCUUCCAUACCUCCGGCCGCUCGUUACCAUCACGGGUGAUUCACUCGGAGGUGGACAGUUGCAUGAAGUGCUUGAUGCAGAGGGUAAACGGACAAAGGGCUUUGGAACGACUCAAUGGGGAGGACGAGUCCAUGAUCUUCUGGGUACCCGAUGCGAUCCCUAUGUGAAUUUGCUGAUGGGUGGCGAGUCAUUCGACUUCCAUUGUCAUUCGAAUCUGACCCGCUCUGUACUCCCGUACGGAUUGACAGAGCUUGAUGUGCACGACGUUCUGAAUGUGUUCCAGGUAACUGGGCUGGAUGAAGAAGGCAAAUACUUCAUGGAAACUUCCCCGGCGAGGCCAGGAGAGUAUUUCGAGUUCUUCGCUGAGGUCGAUGUUUUGUGUGCACUCUCGGCGUGUCCUGGUGGUGAUUUGUCUAACUGGGGUUGGGAGGAAAAAGGUGAAAACAUGGGAGCCACUACCCGUCCGCUCGGGGUGGAAGUGUACAAAUUGACUGACCCCAAGGUCCUGGAGGACUGGAAGGCGCCCGAACCUCCUAAGUACCGAGGAAUGCAUGGGUUGAUGAUGCCACCGCGUGAAAACGAUGGAUCAGGCUACUGUCUUUAUAUAAUUGGUAAAACAUUCAGUGAUAAGGGUGACACAAGUACCGCUCCCUACACUGGGAUGGACGAGAACCGAGAUUUCGAAAAAGGCGCUAUAGUACAGAAGAGUCUGGAAAAUGAUACACAGCAACCACACGAUGACGUAUACAAUGUCCGGCCCUGGAAUACUCCUUUGGAUAGACUCCAGAGUGCGGUAAGCACACUGGGCGAGGCCGAUGAGGACCCCGGCCUACGCAGGCCAGGAGAUUACAAACAACCUCAGGCUUUCGGAGGAAGAAUGCUUCUCUGGCUCGCCUAUCAGUCAAUUGGUGUUAUAUACGGAGACAUUGGUACCAGUCCUCUUUAUGUUUACUCGUCAACAUUCAGUGAGGCACCCUCCCGUCAAGACCUCAUCGGGGUGCUCUCCAUAAUUAUCUGGAGCUUGAUCAUGAUGGUGACGGUCAAGUAUGUUUUAGUUAUUCUUCGAGCAGAUAAUGAUGGCGAAGGAGGUACAUUCAGCACAUAUUCCUUGCUGAGUCGUUAUAUGAACAUUACCCACCGUGACCCAAGAGAGGCUUCUCUUGUUCAAAUGAAAAGAUACUUGACGGAUGACCUUGAACCAACAAGCAGGCAUGUGCGCCAUCGACUUGAGUCAAGCAGCAUUGCCAAACGCCUCCUCAAAGUCAUGGGAGUAUUGGCGGUUACCAUGGUCAUUGCAGAUGGUCUCCUUACCCCAGCUCAAUCAGUGCUAGGUGCUGUUCAAGGGAUUGAAGUAGUAUCGCCCAACAUUUCGAAAGGCACCAUUAUCGGAGUUACCGAUGCUAUCCUGGUCGUGCUGUUCCUAAUUCAACCGCUUGGCAUUACCAAGCUUACAUUUGCCUUUGCACCUAUUGUCAUCAUAUGGCUCGGUUUCAACGCUGCUUUUGGCAUAUAUAACCUUGCAAAUUAUGACGCUGGUGUCUUCAUAGCAUUCAACCCUGGGUACGCCUUCAGUUUCCUGGCCCGAAAUGGCGAGGAAGGUUGGAGGAUGCUUAGUGGAACGUUGCUCGCUUUCACUGGUGUUGAGGCUCUCUUCGCAGAUAUCGGAGCCUUCAGCAGAAGAGCCAUACAGAUCAGCUGGCUAGGCUGCGCCUUUCCAUGCUUACUCUUGGCUUAUAUCGGACAAGCAGCGUAUAUAAGUGUACAUCCGGAAGCAUAUUCAAAUCCUUUUUUUAAAGCUGCACCACCGGGCACUGUCUAUCCUGCGUUGGUCAUUGCAAUUCUAGCUGCUGUUGUUGCCUCUCAGGCCAUUAUAACAGCAACCUUUCAGCUCCUUACGCAAGUGAUGAAACUGUCGUACUUUCCGCAGAUUAAAGUCAUCCAUACCUCCGACAUCUUUCAUGGCCAGCUUUACAUCCCAAUAGCGAAUUGGCUUCUUAUGGUUGGUACAAUACUUAUAGCUUCCAUCUACAACAAUACGACAUCUCUGGGUAACGCAUACGGUGUCUGUGUCAUGUUUGUCACGUUCUUUGAUACA